AGUUUUUGGUUUUUGGUGUCAAAAAAGUGAAAUACUGAUUUGAAAAUAGUGUUUGGUGAGAAGAAAUGUAUGAAAUUAUGAUAAUGGAUACAGGAUUAGGGCAAUUGUAUGUGGACAGUCUGAAUGUCAGUGGAACACAACAACUCUUACAUAACCUCAAGCAAAUGAAGAAUAUUGUUAUCGGCAGUAACAGGCAGAAGGCCAAUCUCAUGCUAUGUGGAGCUGUACCAAGAUUGCUGAGAAUCAUCCGGAGUGACAAGUCACCAGCAGUCCUCAUUGAGAGUGCAAUUAUUCUGGGAAGCUUUGCUAAGGGGUCAGAGGUCACUAGAAGGAAACUAUUGGAAGAUGGAGUCCUGUCGGUUAUGAUGCAAGGAUUAGCUCAUAGUGAGUUGAAAUUUGUUGAAGCCUGCCUGCGAUUUCUUCGUACUAUGCUGACCAGUUCCAGCGCUCCAAUAGAAAUACUACACCAGGACAAUACUAUCAUACCACACAUGAUCAAGCUCUUACCACAGUCUAAAUGUACCCAAGAAUGCAUUACCAGCAUACUAGCAACAUGUUGUAAGAGUCCUGAAAGCCAAGACAUGUUAUGUAGACAUGGAACAGUCACUGCUCUCAUACCCCUGCUGUGUGUAAAUGAUGACAGGAUUCGGUUACCAACGUUACGAUGCUAUGCAGCUAUGGCCUACCAGAACAAAAAUGUUUCUGCAACAAUAGCCUCUGCCGUACACAACGGAGAGAGCUUACUGCAGUUUUUCUGUGGUCUUCUGAAUAGAAACUAUUCAGUAGCGAUGCAGCUGACAGCAGCCAGAUGCCUGACUUAUCUCUGCAGAGCAGGAGCAGUCACAACGGAUGACCCUAUCGUUCAAUUCAGGGUAUUACCCACUUUGGUGAGGAUGUGUAAAAAGGAUAGAACAGUGGAGGAGAAGGUUGAAGGGGCGGAGACUCUGGCCUAUCUGAUAGAGGAGGAUCUGGAUCUACAGAGUGUAGCGAGCAUUACAGAUCAUCUCAUUUUGACACUGGCUGCAUUUCUUAGAUACAUACCUGAAUCAACAAAUAAGAAUGAGGACCUGAGCACUGAGAUGAAACAAGCAGCAUUUAAAGUCUUUGCAUCAUUAGGAGCUAAUGAAGAAGAUAUCAGGAAAAAGAUUAUUGAUACGGAGAGCCUGAUGGACCAGAUUGAGAAAUGUCUCUCAGAUCCAAACCUUAAAGUGCAGCUCUCCGCCGUCAGGUGUCUCCACAGUCUGUCCAGAUCAGUACAACAACUCCGAACCAGCUUCCAGGAUCACGCUGUCUGGAAACCACUCAUGAAGUUACUGCGUCUUGGUCAGCCAGAAGAAUUAAUGACGAUAGCUUCAUCAACGCUCUGCAAUCUGCUUCUGGAAUUCUCUCCGAGCAAAGAGCCUAUUGUAGAUGCUGGUGCAGUGGACUUACUGUGUAAGCUGACAUCGAGUCAGAGUACACCACUACGACUGAACGGCAUCUGGGGUUUAAUGAAUAUGGCUUUCCAAUCGGAGCAGAAGAUCAAGAAUAGCAUCUUGACGGCCCUAGGGACGGAUCAACUCUUUGAUCUCUUGACUGACUCUAAUGUGGAUAUCUUGAUGAAGACACUGGGACUUCUAAGGAACCUUCUGUCUACAAAGCAGCACAUUGACAGCAUUAUGUUAUCACACAGUAAGCAGAUAAUGACUGCUGUUAUUAUGAUUCUAGAAGGAGAUCAUCCGCCAGACGUCAAAGAACAAACUUUAUGCAUUUUGGCUAACAUUGCAGACGGCCACUCAGCCAAGGACUACAUCAUGUCUAAUGAGGAUAUUCUCAAGAAACUCACUUAUUAUAUGAGAAUAGAGCAUGUGAAGCUACAGAUAGCCGCUGUGUACUGCAUCAACAACCUGGUGUGGACAGAGGAAGAUGGAGCGAUAGAGAGGCAGGCAAAACUCAAGGAGUUUGGAAUACAGAAACAUCUUCAGACGUUACUAGAUUCAAGUGAUACAGUGCUCUUUGACAAAGUCAAGACAGCACUGCAGCAAUUCUCAUCCUGAUGUCACAGAGAAACAAGACUUCAGUCUCUAAGUUGGAUUUUUAUGGCAGCUGGAAUAAAAUAUAUUUGUGGUGGAAUGAGUAGCCCUCGUAUUUAAUAAAAUAAGGGUCAUUUUCUUUUUCUUGGGAAUAGGAGACUGUUUUUAGAAAAUGAGAAUGAUUUUGUGGUAAGCUUGAUUGAAAUUUACUACUCCUCUAGUCGCUCCUCAAAUAGUUGAUCCUCAAAUAGUCGCUACUUCGACAUGACUAAUGUUCCCAGGAUGCAUUGUGGCAAGUUGUUUGCCGCAGGCGCAAUGUAGUAAAAUUCACUCUAAAAGGAUUGAAGGAUUGUGUCACUGAUGUCUGAUUUUGUUUCAGAAGUAAAUUUUGUUGUCCUGAAUAGUCAUGAGUGACAAAACUGGUGCAGGAGUAUCUUUGUAGUAGUCGUGGCGGAACGGUUAACCGAGUAGUAGAAAAAUGGUAUUCACGACUCGACUAAGCAAUCACUGCUAGCCAUACUCACUACACACAGACUGGCGCCUACGAUUAUCCUAUUAGCUUCUCCAAGAGGAUUUAUGUUUGAAAAAAGACAAGUUGGGCUCGCUGUUCAGAUGUUCUACACAGACUCAGAGUCUUGUCGGAACAUUCAGUUUGUGUCAUAACAAAUGCCUUUGAACGAUGAAAUUAUUGAUUUUGGGUAAAACUGCACAGAAAGCUUUAGAGCUAGUGGCCCAACAGUGUGCAUACAUUAGAUGCAGAAGCAUGUGACAAAUGUAUAUUGACUUACUUGCAGGAUUUGGACUAUUCAUUGCACAGAGUUAGAUAUAAUGGGUACAUUCGAUUAGCUUCCCUGGGUCGACCCUGGUGUGCUCAUCCAAGUCGCCUAUUUUUUUUCCAGGACGAACAUGUGCAGAUAAUUACCCGCGUUCUUCCUGGAAAAAAAAUAUGCAUCCUUCUCGUGGUGGCGUCAGUGCACCUCGUCGGCCAGCCCCUUAGUGCCCCGCUUGUGGAUCGGGUUAACCCGGGGAAGCUAAUCGAAAGCACCCAGUGUUUGGGAGGUUCACACCCAGAUGUAUAAAUGGGUACCUGCAAGGGUAGAGGUUGAUAUUGUGUGUGAAAAAAAUCUUGUGAACACCAAUUUCAUAGA